AUGAGUCCCCUUUUGGUGCUCAUAUGUAUGCUAGGCCGUGCGGUGGCCAGUAGACCAUUUCUCGAUGCCCCUGAUACCGGUAUCGAGAAGGGACUCCAGAUUCCUUCGAAUGGAUCUCUCCCGUCUCUCGACCGUUUGUUUGGAAUGAACGACUUCAAUUACGUCGCCGAAAAGCUCAUGAAUCCUAUGAUUUAUGCUUCCAUUCGUGCAGGAGCUGCGAGCGAAUGGUCCUACAGGAACAAUCUUGAGUCUUUCGAGAAGCUUCGCUUCCGGCCACGUGUCAUGGUCAACGCCACCAAAAUCGAUGCCAGCAUGAAAACAUCCAUUCUCGGUGACCAAUUCGAUGCCCCAUUCUUCAUCAGCCCGUUUGCCAAUGCAGGCUUCGCGAAUGAAGAAGCUGAGGCGGCUCUCGUCAGAGGUGCAGGAGAUCACGGUAUUCUCUACAUUGCAUCACAAGCUUCCACACUAUCAAUGGAAUCGAUCGUUGCUUCCAAGCAAGAACCAAAGCAGGUUCUAUGGCAGCAAAUCCUUCUUGACAGCGACACGGACGUAUUGCCAGUUGAUCUUUUCAAGCAGAUCGAGAACAACAACAUGACUGCUAUCGUUCUGACUGUCGACUCUACUGCGGACCGUACGACAUAUCGGUCAAGGCGAUCCAUACCAGACCCAACCCUUGAACGUGACCCACGCUACAUCUUUCUUUCCUGGGAAUUCUACAACCAGCUUCAGGCGUUGACCUCACUACCAAUCAUCCCCAAAGGUAUACAGACAGUUGAAGAUGCUCGCAAAGCCAUAGAAUACGGUGCUCCAGCCAUCUUUAUCUCAAACCACGGAGGUCGAUCCUUAGAUGGCGCGCCAUCUGCACUCGAGGUGGCAUGGGAGAUUUACAAGAAAGAUCCAAAUAUCUUUAACGAAAUCGAAGUUUACGCUGAUGGAGGUAUCCGAUAUGGAAGCGAUGUCCUUAAGCUUCUUGCACUCGGCGUUCGGGCUGUUGGUAUGGGCCGCCCGUUCAUGUAUGCUAACUUCUACGGCCAUAAGGGUAUCUCGCGAGCUAUAUCCUUGAUGAAGAAGGAGAUCACGGCGGCUGGGGCAAACCUAGGUCUUCAGGACUUGAAAGACAUCGAUGCGACAUAUGUAAGCUAA